ACGCAUCGGCACACACGCAUCGCAAACGCCGAAAUGAUCCGUAUCACUUUAAUCUGGGCCGUUGUUGCCGUCAGCCAUCUUUGUUUGGCAUAUCCUGCCGCGGACCCCGACCCCUUAGGGUUUGGCCACAAGACUCAUGUGAAGAUUCACAUUCCGCAUGAAGUCCGCACAGUGCAUCACCAUCAUGUCGAGAAAAUACCAGUGUACAAAGAAGUGCCAAUUUACAAGGAAGUGCCCGUGCUCCACGAAGUACCCGUCGUCAAACACGUGCCUAUACUGCAAACUGUACAUGUACCAAUUGUCAACACAGUACAUGUUGAGAAACCUGUGUUCAUACCAGUGAAAGAGCAUCUUGGUCUAUGGCACUGAGGCCUUUUAAGCUACUUGAAUCCUAGUGCAGAGUCCAUAGUGAUACUUCCGGUGCGUAGAAUAUUGCUAGUGUUAUAGGUUACUUAUUUUUUAAGUUUAUCAUCUGCCUUUUAUCUAAAGUUAGUGCGCACUUAUUUGAAACUGAGUUCUUGAGAAUUUCUAAUGGCGAGUUCAUAUUGUAGUUUCUUGAACCACAGAGAGUUUAUUUUAAGAUCACUGUGAACACUAUGAGAUACGAUGUUAUAUAAAUAAGUAAAUGUUCAUUAAAGUUCUUAAGACUAUCUCCGAUCUGUUAAGUGUCUUAGCGAAGUUCGUUCGCUCAUUUGUUCAUUCAUUAGCGACGUUCUUCUCUAACAGACUUCACACAACGUCACAAGCCAGGCUAAAACCAGAUUGACCUUCGCAAACUAUAUAAACUUAACACUAA